CGUCCCUGCGUUGACAUGGCGGCCCUGGCGCUGCCUGCUGAGCGUGGCCGUCGCUGCCUGUGGGGGCUGCCGCUUCAAAAAUGGAUUUGGGGACAGAAAAUUGUGAGAUAUGCCUCAACAACAGGAAGCCACAGAAUAGAGAAGGUCCUCAUUGCAAAUCGAGGAGAAAUUGCUUGUAGGGUAAUACGGACGGCAAGGAAGAUGGGUGUGAAGUCUAUAGCAGUUUACAGUGAUGCAGACAAGAAUUCCAUGCACGUAGCAAUGGCAGAUGAAGCAUAUUUCAUUGGCCCAGCAGCCUCUCAACAGAGUUACUUAUCCAUGGAAAAAAUAAUGCAGGUGGCCAAAAAGUCAGCAGCACAGGCUAUACAUCCAGGUUAUGGUUUCCUCUCAGAAAAUACAGAGUUUGCAGAGUUGUGCAAGCAAGAGGGAAUCAUCUUCAUAGGUCCUCCUUCAUCUGCUAUCAGAGAUAUGGGUAUAAAGAGCACUUCCAAGGCGAUAAUGUCUGCUGCUGGGGUUCCUGUCGUUGAAGGUUAUCAUGGUGAAGAUCAGUCUGAUGAAUGUCUAAAAGAACAUGCCAAGAAAAUUGGGUAUCCAGUAAUGAUUAAAGCUGUUCGUGGAGGAGGAGGAAAGGGCAUGAGAAUUGCUCAUUCAGAAAAAGAGUUUCUGGACCAGCUGGAAUCAGCCAGAAGGGAAGCAAAGAAAUCUUUCAAUGAUGAUGCUAUGCUGAUAGAGAAAUUUGUAGACAAUCCAAGGCAUGUUGAAGUCCAGGUGUUUGGUGACCAGCAUGGCAAUGCAGUCUAUUUGUUUGAAAGAGACUGCAGUGUGCAGAGAAGACACCAGAAAAUCAUUGAAGAGGCUCCAGGGCCAGGAAUUGGUCCUGAAGUCCGAAAGAAGCUUGGAGAAGCUGCCGUCAGAGCAACUAAAGCAGUGAAAUAUGUGGGAGCAGGGACUGUGGAAUUUAUUAUGGACUCUCAACAUAACUUCUACUUCAUGGAGAUGAACACCAGGCUUCAAGUGGAGCAUCCAGUUACUGAGAUGAUCACAGGGACAGACUUGGUGGAGUGGCAGCUUAGGGUUGCAGCAGGAGAGAAGAUUCCUCUAGCACAGGAGGAAAUUUCACUCCGGGGCCAUGCAUUUGAAGCUAGAAUUUAUGCCGAAGAUCCUAGCAAUAAUUUCAUGCCAGGGGCUGGACCCUUGUUGCAUUUGUCUACACCACCACCUGACAGUUUCACCAGGAUAGAAACUGGUGUCAGACAAGGUGAUGAAGUUUCUGUGUACUAUGAUCCUAUGAUUGCUAAGUUAGUUGUCUGGGCUGAGGAUCGCCAAGCAGCAUUAAGGAAGUUACGGUACAGCCUUCAUCAAUAUAAUAUUGUAGGACUAAGCACCAAUAUCGAUUUCUUACUGAGGUUGUCAGGACACUCACAGUUUGAGGCUGGAAAUGUACACACCAAUUUCAUUCCUCAACACCAUGACGAAUUGUUUCCAAGCAGAAAGGCAACCCAUAAUGAGGUGGUGUGUCAGGCGGCUCUGGGACUCAUCCUGAAAGAGAAAAUGAUGACCGAUGUGUUUAGAGAUCAGUCCAAUGAUAAGUUCUCACCAUUUGCUUCCAGCAGUGGUAGAAGACUAAAUAUAUCAUUCACUAGAAACAUGACUCUUCUGGAUGGUGAAAAUAAUGUGGACAUAACUGUAAAUUACAAUCAUGAUGGUUCAUAUAACAUGCAGAUUGGAGAGAGAACUUUCCUUGUUUCUGGAGACAUUUCUCAUAAGGGAGAUUCGACUUACCUAAGAAGUUCAGUAAAUGGGAUUGUUUGUAAAUCCAAGCUGGUCAUUUUGGACAACACGAUUCAUCUCUUCUUACCGGGAGGCAGUGCUCAAAUUGGUCUUCCAGUACCCAAAUACUUGUCUGGAGUGAGUGCAGCUGGAACUCAGGGAGGUGCUAUAGCACCGAUGACAGGAACAAUUGAAAAGGUAUUUGUGAAAGUAGGAGACAAGGUAGAAGCUGGAGACCCUCUCAUGGUUAUGAUAGCUAUGAAAAUGGAGCAUAUCAUACGGGCUCCAAAGGCGGGAAUAAUAAAGAAGGUUAAUUACCAAGAAGGCUCCCAAGCCAACAGACAUGCUCCACUAGUGGAGUUAGUGGAUGAAGAAACUGAAUCAAAAUAAACUGCAAGGAAGGUGCAAUUUUUGAUCUUCUCAAAAUUCUUCAAGACGGUGCUUGGACAUCUUGUUGAGCAGACUGUUCGUUAAAAGGUUUGGGGAACUGAUUUCCUCUGCAUUCCAUGGAAACAGUUACAUUGAAUGAUGCCUACUUUCUCUAAAUACUGGAGAUCACAAUGCAGCCAUUACAAGCAGCAACUAAGGGUCUGAUCCUGCAAUCUUCUGAUCCUGCACAACAACUCCUGUUGAGCAGUUACAUUUGCCUGUAUAAGGACAGCAGGAUUUGACUGUAAAUUGAUGUUACAUGUUCUUGUUGUGACUGACGGUGAGGUUCCAAAGCAAUGGUCCUUUCAUUCAGAGUUGCCAUUUUUCCUCCACGCCCCUGCAAGAGUUUAGAGGGAAAAAGCAAAUUCAAACAAAUGCAUUAUAAUAACUGUUGUUCUUAGACAAAACUCUUAUUAAUAGCCUGAUCUUUGCCCAAGUAAGGAAUAUACAACUGGGCCGUUGACAUCUCUCUUUAAGUCACUUUAUUGCUUGGUGCCUUUACUUCCCUAUUUGUAAAUGGGGAUAAUAGCACUUAGAUACCUCCCAAGGUGGUAGGGGCUGAAUUAACAUAAUUAUUGAUGAAAAGCAUUAUAAAAGUGCAAAUUAUUAUUAUUACUACAGUAAUCAAAAUUUGAAGCUGACUGGUUUUAGGAAGGGGUAUUUGGUCUUGAAAGCUGAACUUGUAAUACAGAAAGGUUAUAACAUUAUUUAAUAUUAAAAAUGUUGAUGUGUCAUAAUAAAAUACUGUUUUUAAAAUUGA